AUGCGAGAAAUACACGACCUCUCCCUACAAGCCGCGACCGACGCGGCAAUCCGAGCGACCUUCCUCGCUCGCUACUCGAGCGUAGCAAAGAUCGCGGACGAUUUUGAGGUCACCCACCUGAAGGUCAUCCAAGAAGCGGCGGACUUCGAUGUCGAGGACGAAAUCCGAGCCAGUUUCGAUAAGAUGCAUUACGCCGUAAAGAGUCGCUAUCAUCAUGAAACGGGCGCGCCACUCGGAGGAGCGCCGGCACCGCCCUCGUGUCAGGCCUCGGUGGUCAAGUUGCCUAAGAUCCCGCUACCGCAGUUUUCCGGCGACCUCACGUUGUGGCCUUCCUUCAUCGCGUUGUUCAACGCGUCGAUACACAACCAGCAGAUUUCCGCGAUAGAGAAAUACCAGUAUCUGCUAGCCUCGCUCAAAGGGGAACCACUCAACGUGGUGAAAAACCUGCCGUUUUCCGAGGAGUACUAUCUGAUCGCUUACGACUCGCUGGUAGAUCGAUACCGGAAUAAGAGAAAGUUAGCGGACCAUCACUUGAAUUCGAUAAUCGAGGCAAAGCCAUUGAAGGCGGAGUCGGCCGAGACUCUUCACCACUUAUUAGAUACGUUUACCGAGAACACGCGCGCGCUCGCAUUGAUGAAGUUCCUUACCGAUUCAUGGGAUUUUAUCCUACUGAAGUUUUUGUUAGACAAGCUUCCUCGUUCCCUUCGGGAAAAAUUCGAGUCUGCUCACCGGGCUGAGGAGAUACCGCGAUAUACUCAACUCACGAAAUUUCUAGCGGAACAUUGUCAGGUUCUCGAGGCCGUCGCGGGCCCGUCCUCCAAAACCAAGUCCACGCCGGUCUCUUUGUUCGUGACUAACACGGCCGAUUGCCCCGUUUGUAAAGAGCCUCACUACGUGUCGAAGUGCUCCCAGUUUUUGAAACUCUCGCCGAGAGAGAGGCAGGCUAAGGCUCGCGACUUAAAAUUGUGCCUCAAUUGCCUGCGCUCAGGGCAUGGCAUGAAAAAUUGUCCUUCCGCAUGGACAUGUCGGUCCUGCGGAACAAAGCAUCAUACGCUUCUGCAUUACGAGCAGAGCUCCAAUACUACUCCUAAGACCGAACCCAUUAGCGCGACUCCUGCCGAACCGGACGCCGUACCCGCUCCUCAGUCGGAGGAUGCGCCGAUUGUAACAAUGACUAGCCUAGCCAAUAGAAUCGUCCUCCUGUCCACCGUACGAGCCGAGGCGAUAGACGCGCGUGGCAAUGCGUUCCCCGUACGCAUAUUGCUGGACAGCGCGAGUCAGGCCAAUGUCAUUACCGAGGGCUGCCUUCGGAAGGGCGGCUUUCGUCGCACCAAACACAGUGCAACCGUGUUGGCGAUAAACGAAGCUAGGGCGGCCACGACGAGGGGCCUCACCUCCCUCGUGAUCCGCGCGCGCGGUCGCGACGACACUCGGUUCUCGAUAAAGGCUACGGUCCUCCCGCGCAUAACCUCGCCGCUGCCUAAUGACAAGGUGGAGGUCCAAUCGUGGAAACACUUGAAAGGAUUGCCGCUCGCGGAUCCCGAAUAUUACGUGCCCGGCAGUGUUGACAUCCUCUUAGGGGCGGACUCGUUUGUGUCGAUACUACGGGAUGGCCGUCGUAAGGGGGAAAAGGGAGAACCCGACGCCUUCAAUUCAGUCUUUGGAUGGGUUCUGACGGGCGCGGUAUCCCCGUCAGUCCAAGCAACACCCCUGCUGUCAUUCGCGACUACGCUCGAGUCGAUCGAGACAUCAGUGGGUCGCUUUUGUCAAUUGGAGGAGGUGCCGGAGGACGCUUCUUGUUCGGACGAGGAUCGACGCUGCAAGGAGAUCUUCGCCCAGACCACGUAUCGUGACCCCUCGGGUCGUUUCGUGGUCUCGUACCCGUUCGUGUCGGAUCCUCCUACAUUCGUCGGCUCGCGCUCCAUAGCGGUUAGUCGUCUCCGCGCACUAGAACGUCGAUUUAAAUCUGAUCCGGAGUUCAGAGUUAGUUACAAUAGUUUCAUGCAGGACUAUCUCGAUAGCGGACACAUGGAGCGGGUAGUGUUUAACGCGUCCUCGCGCUGCCCGAACGGUCUGUCGAUCAACGACACCCUGCUCAGCGGUCCGAAGCUGCAGCAAGACCUGCUCGCCAUCUUGCUUAGGUUCCGCGCCGAAGCGAUCGCUCUAACCGCGGACGUGAAGCAGAUUUUUCGCCAGAUUUGGAUAAGCCCGGAGCAAUGCGACUACCAACGUAUCGUCUGGCGCUUUUCGGAGUUGGACCCCAUCCUAGACUAUCUCCUCAAAACCGUUACGUUCGGCUUUACCGCCUCCCCGUUCUUGGCGAUCUAUUGUUUGCUCCAGUUAGCUCAUCAAUACCACGAGAAAUAUCCUCUAGCGUCCGCAGCCCUACUCGAGGCGCUGUAUGUGGAUGACGUCGUGACUAGCGUUCGUACGGUGGAACAGGCUCGGGCACUCCGCGACCAAUUGCUAUCGCUUCUCCGAAGCGCCGGCUUCAAGCUUAGAAAGUGGUCGAGCAGCCAUCCUGCCGCGCUGGAGGGACUCGACACGCAGUUAUGUAGCCAAUCAAUGUUAGAUUUCGAGUCAAGCGAGGAUCAAUCUCAGAAGAUAUUGGGCCUUCGGUGGCACUCACAAUCUGACAGUUUCGGGUUUCAAGUCAACGCGUUGGAUCGUGAGUGCACCAAACGCACUAUAUUGUCGGAAGUAGCGCGCAUCUUCGACCCCUUGGGUUUUCUGGCCCCACUCACCUUUACCGCGAAGUGCUUAAUUCAGCGUCUGUGGACCCUUAAAUUAGAUUGGGAUGAUGAGCCACCGAUGGACAUUCGUCGCAGUUGGAACCGUUUCCAGACGGAGCUCGGCGUGUUAUCCUCCCUUCGCGUUCCUCGCGCGUUUAACUCGUGCCAUGUAGUUCGUUGCGAGCUCCACGGGUUCUGCGAUGCCAGCGAGCUGGGGUACGGAGCCGUGAUUUAUCUGCGAAUCGUUACGCGCGACGGCGUCGUGGUCCGCUUACUGUGCGCCAAGUUUAAGGUCGCCCCGCUUCGCCCCCUCACCAUUCCCCGUCUGGAGCUCUGCGCGGCUCUGCUCUUGUCCAAAUUAAUCGCGUACGUCCGGCGCAUCCUCCGCGGACACAUUGACAUUGACGACGAGUAUGCUUGGACGGAUUCCGAGGUCGCCCGGGCCUGGAUCCGCUCAGCACCACAACGGUGGAAGACCUUUGUUAGAAAUCGCGUUGCCCUCAUUCAGGACAACGUGCCGGUCUCAGCUUGGGGCCACGUCGACACGGAGUCCAAUCCGGCGGAUCAUUGCUCCAGAGGACUUUACCCUCGUGAUCUGGUGGCCAGUUCGACGUG